AAAAUGCGAUUUGUUCAUUAAUAUUGCAUAAGAACAAUUGCAAGAACGGUAAUAAUUAUUUUAGAACGUUAAUUACGAAAUAAGAAGUGGCGUACUGCUUAUAAUGCGUUAUUGAAAAAUUGCGAAAAUGAUUUAAUUUGUUAAAAAUGGAUGUCAGUAAAUAUAGUACUAAAAAGUAGAAUUAUGGUAGGAAAUAUUAUUAUGAAACGAUACGUAUUCUCUACUGAUUUACAAGAAUUCGACUAUGAUAGGUUAGGUUACGUAGAUUAAGAUAUAAUAAUUACAAUAUUAAUAGACUGUAUAUUAUUUAUUAAAUACUUAAGUAAAAGAAUCAUACAAAACGAAUAUUAUAGAUACAUGUAUAUAUGUGUGUAUAUAUUGUUUAAACUUAAAUGGUAUGUUAGGUUAAACUACUCCAUGUGAGGUUAUAAAAUAGCUUCAUGUAUAUUAUUUUUAAUACUCUUCAAUUUAUGAUUAUUAAAUCAUGCAGUGCCUAAAAAGACUCGUUCACGUUUUACAUAAGUCUCAGUGUAUAGUGAGUAGAAAGAGGAAGUUUGAUGUAGUGAGUGCUAUUCGGUGGCAUCAGAAUGAAUCUGAUGAUAUAUUUGAGGAAUACGAGGAGAGCGAUGAGGAGAAGCACACUUACACGCAACUGUCUCAAGAGUAUUUAGGAAACCCGAUUUUUGGGCGCAGGGUAUUUGUGAUACAACCAUAUAUAAAAUGGGGUUCUAAGAAGAAAAGGUACACCACACCUAAUCUGCAGUUAGCAGAAGCGGUAACACUAGUCAAAACUCUGCCAAAUUGGACUGUCGUUGGAGAAAGACUCGUUCCAUUAAUGUCAUUGGAAAAGAAGCAGUUGGUUGGCUCAGGAACUCUGGUAUCACUGAAGACGGAGAUUGCAAAUUCUGGAAAUCCUACGGCUAUAUUCGUUAGCACGAACUUGCUAAAAUUUAUACAAAUCUCUGAGCUGCAGAACGCCUUCCAGUUGCCAGUGUUCGAUCGUUAUUCCUUAGUAAUCCAUAUUUUCCGUGAGCACGCGAAGACUCCAGAGGCGAAACUGCAAGUGGCUUUGGCAGAAAUCCCGUAUAUAAAAAAGAAAAUGACUGAGUUGAGCGAUUAUCGUCUUGGACGUAUAAACUUCAAUGAGAAACUGAAGAACAUUCUUCAGAGCAGGGAGAAGAAACUAAGAACUGCAUUAAAAAAACUGAAAGAACAUAGACACAUGAUAAAAAAACAGAGGCAGAGUUAUGGUUUCCCAAGCAUCGCUGUUGUUGGAUAUACAAACGCUGGGAAAACGUCUUUGAUAAAAGCAUUGACAGGAGAUGCUUCGUUGCAGCCUGAAGACAAGUUAUUUGCUACUUUAGACACAACUGUACAUCAGGGAUUGCUUCUGAAUAAAUUAAAAGUACUGUACGUUGAUACCAUAGGAUUUAUUCAAGACGUGCCAGAAACUUUGAUAGAACCAUUUUUAGUAACUUUAGAAGAUGCUCUGACUGCAGAUAUUAUAAUUCACGUAUUUGACAUAAGCCACCCCGACGCCGAAGCUCAGAUUCAGCACGUGCAGAAAACUAUAACAUCGUUAGUAGAUGAGAACAAAAUGAUAAUUAAUGUAGCAAAUAAAUGUGAUAUGAUUGAAGAUGAUGAUCUCAAAGAAACGAUACCGAACGACACGUUUGUCGUUUCCGCGAGUAAGUCGACGGGUAUCGAUUUGCUACGGAUGAAGUUAGAGAAAGAGAUUACGAACAGCGGAAAUAUAGUGAAAAAGCGUAUUAGGGUAAAGGCGGGAAGUGCUGAAGCUUCGUGGUUGUACAAAGAAACGACAGUUUUAAAAGCGGAGCCAGACCCGAAAGAUGCACAGAAGCUAAUAAUAGACGUGUUCAUGACGACACCAGUGUUUUAUAAAUUCAAGCGAGUUUUCAAUAUUUAAAACAAUUCGUUCCACGUUAUUUUCCCUUUGUAUCCACAUUACUUUGUAAUAUAGUUCACUUACAUUGAUCGAUAUUCAUGUUA